UUACAUGCAUAUAACUGUCAGAAGGUCAAAAGUGUACAUACCCUUGUUAUAAUUGAUUACAGUAUUCAGCAUUGCAGAAACAAAUAAACUGUUAUUGUUUUCUGUUCAGAAUUUAUUUUUCUACUUCAUUAGUGGCAUGUGGUGUGGUCACACUCAUUAAGUUAUUCUGUAAUUUCCCAAAGAUCCUUUUAUUCUCCUUCCAUUCCAUCAAACUGUGGUGAAGUCAUGCUUACUUCUUACUUUAUUUUCUUUCUUUCUUUUUUUUUUUUUAAUGAAACAGACUUGGGUCUUCUCACUAUAAAAACAUCCAAUAAUACAUCCACUCAUUUCACUGCCUUUCUACUGACUGGUAUCCCAGGAUUGGAAGAUUUCCAAAUCUGGAUAUCCAUCCCUUUCAGCUUCAUGUACCUUUUGGCUGUGAUAGGCAAUGGCUUAGUUAUCGCUGUGGUGGCCUGGGACAGGAGCCUCCAUGAACCCAUGUAUCUCUUCCUGGCCAUGCUGGCAUUUAAUGAUGUCCUCCUUUGUACUGUCACCGUGCCCAAAAUGCUUCUCAUUUUCUGGCAGGGUCCUUCCCUAUCGUCGUUUUCUGCCUGUCUCACACAGAUGUUUUUUGUUCACGCCCUGUUUCUUUCCGAGUCUGCGGUUCUACUGGCCAUGGCUUUUGACCGUUAUGUGGCUAUCUGUGCCCCCCUCCAUUAUGCAACCCUCCUUACAGGAUCUCUCAUUAGCAAGAUGGGCCUCGCCCUGGUGGCCAGAAGUGUGGCUGUUGUCACACCGGGAGUCCUCCUUAUUCUCCGACUGCAUUUCUGCAGAAGCACCAUCAUCCACCACACCUACUGUGAGAACAUGGGCAUUGCCAAGCUGGCCUGCAAUAGCUUUGUCCUUAAUAGUAUCUACGGACUCACGGCCGCCCUUCUGACGACAGGCCUGGACUUUGUCUUCAUCUCCCUGUCCUACUGGCUAAUCCUGAGAACAGUCUUCCGACUGCCUUCUAAAGAGGCCAGGACAAAGGCCUUUGGGACAUGUGGGCCCCAUAUAUGUGUCAUUUUGAUAUUUUAUACUCUGGCUUUCUUUUCCUUCUUUACUCAUCGCUUUGGAAACCGUGUGCCCAGGCAUACCCUUAUCCUCCUGGCAAACCUCUACUUACUGGUGCCACCUACCAUGAACCCCAUUGUUUAUGGGGUAAAGACAAAAGAGAUAAGGAUGAGAGUUCUAGGGUGCUGUCAUCAACAAAAGUGA